CUUCUUCCCGCCCGACCCCUGGAGAAAGGCUACCUACCCCGGUGGAGUAGUUCGAUUCUACACUGCCCACUGCCCACUGCCCACUGCCCACUGCCCACUGGGCACUCCAAACUCUUCUCGAUAUGAUGGGUAAUCUUCUUCAUACCUUCAUACACUUCCAAGGAUCUUUUUCCCUUCCUCCCCCUCCUUUCCCUCCUCCUUCGUCAUCCGGCCAUACCAUGCCUUUUUUUGGUUCUGGUUUGGCAUGUCUUAUAACUGAUGUUGACUCUUCUGCCGUGGGCUCUAUUCCUGCUGCCAUCGGCGCAGGCCGCCUUUGUUCGCCGCUGGGAUUGCAAUCCUGCCAUUGCUGCACCCAGUGAAUCCAUCAGCUUUCAGCAGCAAUCCUUAACUGGUUCCCUGGUUCACUCAGACCAUGAUGGCCCAACGCUACUUCUCAAGCUAACGGGGGAUUAUGAAGCCGAUUGUAACUCUCUCAAUGGGUCUCUGGCACAGUUGGUGGUGGAUGCAAGUGUCCUGGGCGGAUCAGUAGGCUUUCAGGGAGAAAGUCGGGGCAGAUGUGCCGAGAAUCCUUAUUGGCAGCACUUCAGUAUGUCGAAUCAAGGUCACAGUCAGGAUCACUUGACCGGAGGCCUUCACAAACAUGCUAUUUACGAGACCUCCUACUAUCUCAACCACUCAUAUGCCCUGCACACACUAGACACAACCAUCCAUCUGCGGUUGGGCGGCCAGGAAAUAACUUGUAUCACUGCCCAUAUCACGCCUUACAUCGGCUCAGUGAUAUCGAAGUUACUGAACGCUCUUCCAUUCUUGAUUAUGGUCUUGUUUGGAAUCGCUACAGGCCCGCUCAGGCUCUUUCAUACCAAUGGCAGAAGCAUGUUUCGGUACGAGCUGGCCGACCCAUCCUGUGACCCAGCCCGAUCCCACGUACAAGGACUAGGCGAUUGUCUCCAGUUUCUCCAGUUCAUUUUCUUAACUAGCUGCCUGACGCUUUCAUACCCGGGCUUCUUCCGAGCGAUUGUCGGGGAGUUGGCCUGGUCAUCGCUCAUCUUCCGGAAUUGGCCUGUCACACAUGGGUUCGCCUACCCGGGUGUUGAGGAUGGAAUCUAUGCCACUAAUUCGACUUGGGGCUUGGAGGAGAUGACACAGGUCCUGGGCGGGACCACCAUCAGUGAUCUCUGGGUCAAUGCGAUUGUCAACCUGCUCCUCGUCAUCGUGGGGAUCGUGGCGCUGGUGCAAGUCCCCUUCGGAUUCCAAUGGGCGUCGAGGAUCUUUCGGAGGCGACAAGCGAUUGAGCUGUCGGAUCUUCAGGAAGAAUCCUUGACUCAAUGCCAGCGUACUGGAUGGAGUAUCCUCCGAGCCGUGCUCGACCAUUUUCUCUUUCCCCUUGUAACUUUCUCCACAAGUCAACUCCUAUUGACAUCAUGGUACCCGGCUUACCGUACCUUCUUCGCGGUUUUGCUUGUCGGCCUCCUUGCUGUGUCUUUGGGCUUCACCGUGCGGUAUCUGAUCAAGACCAACAGAUAUUGGGCCUUUUCUCAUGGAAGCUUGUUCCCUAAGCAUCAUUCCGGAACGUGGGUUUUUUGUGUCUUAUACGGCAUUCCGAUUGUAAGAGGCAUAGCGAUCGGAGCAUUGCAACGAUCGGGCCUUGCCCAGAUUGUGGUACUCAUCAUAUGUGAGACAAUCAAUCUCGUCUGCCUGCUUUGGCACUGCCAGGACUUUCCAGCCUGGCGACCUGCCUGCUUUUCGAUUGGCAGGCUUGCCAGCCUUUUCAUGAGCUGUGCCUUCCUCCCGCAAUCUGAGGCAUCCCAGCACAAUCAAGGUAUACUGGCAUACAGUAUUCUGAUUCUAUAUGCAACGAUGAUUUUCCUCGGGUUUCUGGUCCCUUGCACCAUAAGCAUAGCGCUCUUUAUACUUCGCAAAGCGGGAAUCGUGCACUUCCAUGGUGGCCCCCUCGUGCAACCUCGUGAAGCACCGAUUUAUGGAAUUGGUCAACUUUCGCAACGGUCCACGCGAAAGACUUCAUUCACGGAGCUCCCGGAGCUUCGUCCUGUGGCCUAUCCUCAAUCCACAGGGAUGCCGAGCACGAAUGAGUUUCCAUCGUACUUUCGGGCUCCACGGCCCAUGACUCCCGUCUCUAUGUCGUCGCACCAGUUCUCCACCCUCUCAAGGCAGUCUCACAGCUUGGAUGAAUCGGUGGAGUCCAGCAUGGACUCUGUUGACCUGAGCAUCUUGGACGAAGACACGACGACAGUCAGCGGCGACGGCGAUUAUUCCAAACGCGAGGCCGAUCAAUACUACGGUCGGCCGAUGGCAUUGCACAUCAAUGCGAGGGUAGAACGAACGGAAAACACUUGUGCCACAGGGGAGGACAGAUCUUGGCGAUCGUCGUGGAAGUCGAGGAAAAAGACGAAAGGCUUUGAAGUUGUGAGGCCUGCUCGCCCUGGGACAUGAUGAUAGAUUUUGACCCUCACUUCGACAUUUGUAAUAAUGCUACCCUGCGAUAUAAUGUAGAGAUAACCUAACGCUUCGCCCCAAUCUCUCUGUCUAUAAUAUAACGAUGAAGGCUUAACCGAGGCGCGAAUAAGCAACGCUGAUAAAGUUCUGUCCUACCCGGGAAGCCCAGGGUUGAAGCCGGCAUGGGAGCCCUCUCGUCAUAUGUGC